GCUUGGAAAGUAAAUUACAGAUCUGUCCAUCAGCAAGCCAUCAGAAGGCUUGCUGGAAGCUCUUGCCACUGCGACUAAAUAGCCCCGCAGCGCAAAGCUUCCGCGAUCCACAUCAUGAUGUCCCUCUGACCUUCAAAAAUACGAAGUCUGAAUACCAAACUCACAACCACCUGUUGUGGCUGGGCUGUGCACAGGUCGCCCUCCAAAAUAAAAUAAAAAGUACAGCAACAAUACUUCAACAAAGGUUUAGCGCCACCACUCGUGGCAAGGCAACACUUGGCAAGCGAGGCCUCACGGAAACACUGUAAAUCAAACAGAGCCACUGAGACCAUAAGACCAACAUGUCAAUGUACAGGACUGAUCAAAUUGAAUUCGCCACCUUUGCAAGCAAUUAGGCCCCUAAGGUGGGCGAUGCAGUGACUGCAUGCAUGACAAACCUCCGGUAAGUUCCCUUGCAAUAUGCUUCCUCAGCAUGGGAGCAGUAAUCUGUCAGCUGCCUCCUACUCUCCAUAGAAUGGCAGGAUUCUUCAGAACACUGUCAAUGAUAUACUCAGACACCCGUUUCUGCAAUGCAGAAGUUGCUGGGCAUUUCAAAUUCUCCAGAACAAAGAGAGAGAACCUGCGCUGGCUGCAUGGCCUCAUCGCCUGGAGACGAGCAAUCUUCUCCUGAGAGACAGCUGCUGCGCAGGAUCCUGCUCCAGUGCUUGCCGCUCGCGCACUUCUGGGCUGUUGAGACCAAAAAGGUUCAUCUUGAACUUUGUGUCCCAGUAAUUUGC